GCGUGGGGCCUGGUACCUGGGUCCCUGUGAGAGAGGCCUGAGUGGGGGGCGGGAAAGGAAGUAAACGCAGGUACCUUUGGCGGGGAGUGGGGAGGGGAGGGAUCCCUGAAGGGGGGCAAGGCUGGGGAGGAGCCCGCCAGCUGGUGAGGCCACUGCCUGGGUCACCUAAGGAGCUUCCUGCCAGAACACAGAGGCCAUUGAGCUGCAAGAUUCACAGCCUCCGGCCCCCAGCCCCCACCCGGCAUCCUUUCUCCAGAACCUAAUCCGGGGCCUGGAGGGGUCUGACUCUCCGGCCACCUCCUGUGCGGAGUUUGGGGCCACCGCCCUGACCCUGCCGCCUUCUCAGGAUUGCAGCCGCCUGCCCGCAGGAGGAGGGGAUGACUCCAGAAGAGUAUCCCACUCCUUUGAAGAGCCCAGAGGAAGAUGUCAGCCCAGUCUCUUCCUGCAGCGACACCCCCUACCCAGAAGCCCCCUCGGAUCAUCCGCCCCCGUCCUCCUUCUCGCCCCAGGGCUGCCCAGUCCCCAGGGCCCCACCACAACGGCUCUUCUCCACGAGAAGCUCCCCUCACCUCCGAUGAUGCACCAACCCCGAUGUGCACCCCCAUCCCCUGGGAACCCCCAGCCUCGGCCCUCAAGCCCCCUGCCCUUCUGCCCCCCUCGGCUUCUAAAGCCAGCCUCGACUCCCAGACUUCCCCAGACUCGCCUUCCAGCACCCCCAGUCCAGUGUCCAGGCGCUCCGUCACCCCAGAGCCCGCUCCCCGCUCUCCAGUUCCCCCACCCAAGCCCUCCGGGUCACCCCACACUCCGCCCAUGCUCCCCAGGGCUGAGGUGCUGGCCCAGGGUGGCUCUGCCUCGGCCCCAGGCACUGUGCGGAGAUUGGCUGGCAGGUUUGAAUGGGGGGCUGAAGGCAAGGUCCAGGCUGGGGAUGCCUUGGAGCCGGGUGCCCAUGGGGCAGUGGAUGUGAAUGGCGAGAGAGAGGUUCCCCAGGGCAACCUUGCUGGGAGCGGGUCACAGGAGAAUGGCGCUCCGGAUGCUGUCCUGGCCUGCCCUCCCUGUUGCCCCUGUGUCUGCCACAUAGGCCGGCCUGGCCUGGAGCUCCGCUGGGUACCUGUGGGGGGCUAUGAGGAUGGCCCCAGGGCUUUCUGCCGGGCCUCCCCACUGAGGACCUCCCGCUCCCGCCCCAGCCCUCCAAGCCUCAGUCUCCCCCCAGUGGUCCUUACCUCCUACCGCUCCACUGCCGAACGCAAACUCUUGCCACCCCUGAAAGCCCCCAAACCAGCGUGGGUCAGGCCAGACAUCACCGCUUCUGGGGACCCCCCGCAGCCAGAUCUCCAUUUGCCCUCGGAAGACGGAAUCCCGACAGGGGACAAUCCUGAUGAAGCUCGUCAGGACACUCCUCCAGCAUCUAUGGAGGGCAGGGACAAGGAGGGGCUGGAAUUGCUGAAGGAACAGAACUGGGAGCUGCCCCUGCAGGACGAGCCCCUGUACCAGAACUAUCGAGCGGCUGUGCUGUCAGAGGAGCUCUGGGGGGUCGGCGAGGACGGGUGUCCCUCUCCAACAAACCCCGGCGAAGCUCCCACCUUCGCACGGCCCCCUGGACCUCGCAACACGCUGUGGCAGGAGCUGCCGGCUGUGCGGGCCAGCGGCCUCCUGGACACCCUCAGCCCCCAGGAGAGGCGCAUGCAGGAGAGCCUGUUCGAGGUGGUGACCUCCGAGGCCUCCUACCUGCGCUCCCUGCGGCUGCUAACUGACACCUUCGUGCUGAGCCAGGCUCUCCGGGACACGCUCACCCCCCGGGACCACCACACCCUCUUCUCCAACGUGCAGCGAGUCCAGGGAGUCAGCGAGCGGUUUCUAGGGACGCUGCUGUCCCGUGUGCGCUCUUCCCCCCACAUCAGCGACCUGUGUGACGUGGUGCACGACCACGCCGUGGGCCCCUUCUCGGUGUACGUGGAUUACGUGCGGAACCAGCAAUACCAGGAGGAGACCUACAGCCGCCUUAUGGACACGAACGUGCGCUUCUCGGCCGAGCUGCGGCGCCUGCAAAGCCUCCCCAAGUGCGAGCGGCUGCCGCUGCCGUCCUUCCUGCUGCUGCCCUUUCAGCGAAUCACGAGGCUCCGCAUGCUGCUGCAGAAUAUCCUGCGCCAGACAGAGGAGGGGUCCAGCCGCCAGGAGAAUGCCCAGAAAGCCCUGGGUGCCGUCAGCAAGAUCAUUGAGCGCUGCAGUGCAGAGGUGGGGCGCAUGAAGCAGACAGAGGAGCUGAUCCGGCUCACCCAGAGGCUGCGCUUUCACAAAGUCAAGGCCCUGCCCCUGGUGUCCUGGUCCAGGCGCCUGGAGCUGCAAGGGGAGCUGACCGAGUUAGGGUGCCGGAGGGGGGGUGUGCUCUUUACCUCGCGCCCCCGCUUCACCCCCCUCUGCCUGCUACUGUUCAGCGACCUGCUGCUCAUCACUCAGCCCAAGAGCGGGCAGCGGCUGCAGGUUCUGGACUAUGCCCACCGCUCCCUGGUCCAGGCCCAGCAGGUUCCGGACCCAUCUGGACCCCCUACGUUCCGCCUCUCCCUUCUCAGCAACCACCAGGGCCGCCCCACCCACCGGCUACUCCAAGCCUCCUCCCUAUCAGACAUGCAGCGCUGGCUGGGAGCCUUUCCUACCCCCGGCCCCCUUCCCUGCUCCCCGGACACCGUCUAUGAGGACUGUGACUGUUCCCAGGAACUGUGUUCAGAGUCUUCUGCACCGGCCAGGACUGAGGCACGAAGUCUGGAGUCCAGGGCUCUGCCCAGGCACCUGCACAAGAGCCCUGAAGGCUGGCUAAAGGGCUUUCCUGGGGCCUUCCCUGCCCAGCUGGUGUGUGAAGUCACAGGGGAACACGAAAGGAGGAAGCACCUUCGCCAGCACCAGAGACUCCUCGAGGCCGUUGGGCCCUCUUCAGGCCCCCCCAGCGCUCCCCCACCCUAAGGCAGGCAGGGCGGCAGCGGUGGUGCACAGGUUGGGACAUCUGGCGCUUGGCACCGGGAGGGCAAAGCCCACCUACCCAUUGGAUUCGCUGUCAGUGGGAACGCUACCUCUAUUGGCAACCAAUAGGGACCGAGCUUCAGGAAAGAGCAGCCAACGAACACGCUCGAGUGAGCGGCCAAUGGAGAAAGAGGCUUAGUGCAGAGCAGCCAAUGGGUGCUGAGCUGGCUGAGCCCCUGGCCAAUGAGUAUCCCUGCUACGCUCACGGCCCAGGAAGACUAAGCUAGGUCAAUAAAGCUUUAAAAAGGGCUGAGCUGGAGAUAAAGUCUUAGAAUAAAAUAGCCAGUGGCGAUAAGCAGGGAGCCAUCCGGCCACACAAGAUGGGGGUCUGGGCCCAAGAGACCGGUAGUGACCCUGCCUCGUUCUCCAGCCACGACUGUCCUGCCCUUUGAGUCUGGGAAGCUUUGGAUUCCACUCCUGGGGUGCCUCCUGUGCCCUUUCAAGCCACUUCCUCUCUUCUAGAAGAAUCCAGAGUGUGUGACUCAGAGAAUAUGUGUGUGUGCGCGUCCGUGCAUGUCUCUGGAUGUAUCAAGGAAGGUGAUUCUGCUGAACAUGGCGUGUGUGUGUGUGUGCGGUCUAGCCCCCCCCCCCCCCCCCCCCCCCCGUGACCAAGUGCCCCAUGCCUUCCCUCACCCCCUGUUUUUCCUAUUAUUCUCUCCAAGAAGACAGGAGGUCUGAGCUCCAGACGAGAUGUGCUGGGUGUGGCUUGGCAGCCAGAAGCCAGAGUUGGGGGUGAGAGGCCUGGGCGCUGGGCCAGGGGUCCGUGGCAGCCUGGUAGUGGACGAAGAUGGCCAGUGGCUGCGGCCUGAAGCCCCCUGAAACUUCCUUGCCCCAAACUUGGCCUCCAACCCAACCGUAUCCAGUCACGCAGCCCCGGCUUCGGGCUUCAGACCGCCUCUGGGUUUGGGUGAAGAGACUGGAGCUGUGGAUCGCGGGCCCUCCGGUGAGCCUCCUGGCCUUUCCCGCCGUCAUCCUGGCCCUGUCACAGAAACACUGGGCCAACCAGUGGGGAGAGGACAAAGAGCCAGUGUAACCCCCUCCGGAGCAUCUCCUUCCAGAGGAGAAACGGCCCUGCAGGAUGCCACAAGGACGUGAGGGAUGGGGCCAGGGCAGAGCAGACAGUUGCUGGCGAGGGUGGGGGGUGGGGUGGGGGGGGUGCCCAGGCCUGGCACCAGGCCUCCCCUGAACUAGACCAUCACUCUGUCCCUUCUGCUCAUGCGUGGCAACCGGCCCAGGACAGCAACCGCCACGCCAGCCACAGGAGGUGGAAGGACUCUGGGAGACUCGGAGGGAGAAAGGGACUGGCAUUUGGCCGUCCGGGCUUGCACAGUGCCCGGCGAAUGAGAAACCCUCAGUAAACGUUGGUGGACCUGUAUGGAGGGGAGCGUGUGCUUAAAGUUUCCCAAACGUGGCUUUGUAAGGGGGUGGGGCUGCUUGGAAAGAGAUUCUUUGAGAGCCGGGGUCGGUUCUGCUGGGCCUGGGGCUUGGAGACCAGGAGCAUGGCCUGAGGGUGUUGGCCCCCACUCGUCGUUCCCCGGGGGAUCUAGGCAGGGGCGGGGAAGGGUCUACAGCUGGAGCAGAGCGCUGUCGCGGGUUGGGGAAGAGGACAGGGCAGGGCCAGGUAUGGCUGGGACUCCAGCAGGGGAUGAAGACAUAGGGAGAAAGGCAAAAAGGGCAGUCAGUCAGCAAUAAAUGUCCUUUACUGACCAGC